AUGUGGAUCACGGCCUUAUUACCAUUAAUCUACCUAAUUACACCAUCCAUAGCUGACAUCUUAAUCCUAGAAAAGUACAACGAGACCACCGAUGCCUGCAUUGAGCUCAACAAGAACCGACAAGACUUGUCGCAAUGCUGCAACUAUCCACAAAUUCACUUCCGACAUUUCUUUCAAAGCAGCUGUGCUGAAGAGUGCAUGGGAUCUCGUGACAUUUGCUGCUCAUUAGGAUGCAUUUGGAGGGCUGCAAACAUCGUCGACAAUGAAAAUGAGCUUGACAAGAGUGGAAUUGUAGAGGAAUUAAGGAAGUCAGUCAAGCAUGAUGACAAAUGGGAUCAAUUGAUUGAGGAGGUUGUGGAUGAAUGUGUUGACAAUAACAUGCCACAGGAUGACAGCAUUAAACUCUGCAAAUUUCCAUGGCAUGUCAUAAAGAUUUUUGGAUGUACAACACGAAAACUCUUCCUUCAAUGUCCAAAAAUGAAAAAUUCUGUCGAAUGUAAAAUUACUAAGCAGUAUGUACAGGAAUGCAUGUAA